AACAUAAAUAAUAUUAUAUGCAGGGCUCAAUGCGUGCAACACUACCUAAUUAAAUUAUUAUUAUUUGAGACAACAAAACAAAAAACACAAUCGAAGAAUGGGACCCUCGUUUUUUUAAUGAAGAAACGUUGAGUAUUUACACGUCAUGUCCUCGCGUUGCUUCACUCUUCCGGUAGGUAGAGAGCUGUCCGUAGUGCUGAAACAGUUAUUAGCACGCGCACAACGUUGUUUACAAACAUCGGAUCUGAUCAGCUCAGCUCAUCAAAUCUAUGGACAGAACGUUUGUUUUUCCCGAGCUAGUGCUAGUCAAAUACUUUAUUAUAAACAGUUAGCGAACUAAUAGUCUGCUUUGUGAUUCACUCUAUAUAUGAUACUAAACAAGGCACGGAAGCAAUGCUACUGAACUGCUUUGGGACAAAUAAUAAUUUACAUGUAGACACCUCCUCCGUGCGUUUACAGACAGUUGAGAUAUAAUAAGGUAGACUGCAUGCAAAUGUUUUUCUUAACCCUCUCCCUCUGUCAAUCAUCCGUCUUUUUCCCUGACUCCUAAACUGUCUAACCAGCAAUGACCGAUAGACAGACUACCAGGCUAUAGAGCUUGCACAGGCCCCAUAUGGAAAACAAUCAUGAAAAUGAAAUAAGAAUAUUGUAAAGCAGAAGAACAUUAUUUGUACAAACAUCUAAGAAGUAAUCUAACAAGGAUCUCGUAAAAUACUCUGGAGUGAUCAUGGACCCACGGUCUGAGGGAUCCGACCCCCGGUCCGAGGGAACUGACUACGUUCCCAACAGUAUUCCCUAUGUUCCGGAGCACAGGUCUGAGCUGUGUGUGUCAGAGGCUCACAGCCAGCAGCUACUGGGUAUGCUCAGAUCGUUCAGAGAGCGAGGCCUACUGUUUGACUUCACUAUAACAGUCCAGGACCAGACCUUCCCCUGUCACCGCUGUGUCCUGGCAGCCUGCAGCGACUUCUUCAGGGCCAUGUUUGAGUUGGACAUGCGUGAGUGUGGUGAUAGGAUGGUAACCCUGGGUAACCAGUCCCCAGAAGCCGUGCGCUGCUUCCUGGACUUCUGUUACUCUGGAGAGAUGGUCGUCACCCACGAAAACGUAGACAUGCUGUUUCAGCUCGCCUCUUUCCUACAGGUGUCUGUGCUCUUCAGAGCAUGCAGUGACUUCCUGACAGGAACCCUGGAGCUCUCCAACUGCCUGAUGCUAUUGGCCCUCGCCGAGGGAUAUGGCUCCGCUUCCCUCCUCCAGCAGGCCAAUGAGUUUGUAGUUCAGAACUUCCACGACCUCUCAAUGACUACAGACUUCCUGGAUAUGCCGUUGGGCGUGCUCGAGUUAUGUCUGGGUUCGGACAGUCUGAGCGUGCCCAGUGAGGAGGUGGCGGUGAGGUCAUCCCUGAGGUGGACAAGUCACGACCUCCAGACCAGACAGAGGCUGUUGCCACGGCUCCUAGCACUGCUACGGCUACAUCACAUACCCACACACACCCUGCAGGCCCUGGCCCGGACUGAGAAUCUCCUCUCAGGGGACCAACUCUGUGUUAGUCUGGUCAGUGAUGCAGUGAGUAGACAGACACAGCUCAGUGGUCUACUGCCAGAUGCCAGACCAGCCACCACACAGUCUUACAUCUACAUCCACAAGACAGAGGAGAACGGAGAUAUACACCACAGCUUCUGUUACUGCCUGGACACAGACCAAUGGAGAGAGCUACCUCAGGGCCCGGGGGCGGGUUUUAGUAUGACCCCUGACCCCGCAGGCUCUUCCCUCACCAGCUACGCCGAGAAGUUGUUUGUGACAGGUGGUUGUCGGGGCAACUGUUGUCGCACGGUGCGUCUUCACGUGGCAGAGCCGUUCCAUGAUGCGACAGCGGAGGUUUGGUGCUACUGCCCAGUCACACACACCUGCACUCCUGCCCCGGACAUGGGGAAACCCCGUACCAUGCACACAGCCAUCACCACCCUGGACAGACUGUAUGUGCUAGGAGGGAGGACCAGAGGAGAAAGGGAGGGGACUCCUAGCCUAAUGGAGGUGGAGUACUACGACCCCCUGGCCAAAACCUGGACCUCCGUCAGCCCUCUGCCCACUGCUAUCUACUACCCAGAAUCCAGUGCGUGCGGCAGCAUCAUCUACACAUUGGGUUCGUCAGUGGAGAUAUCGGACUCCUUCAACCCUUCGCUGGACUGUUUCCUGCGCUACGAUGCUGUUUCUGACCAGUGGAGCCACCUGGUGGCAGAGUUUGGUCAGUUUUUCCACGCCACCCUGGUCAAGGCUGUGUCCGUCAACAACAUUUUACACCUCUGUGACUUGUCUACGUAUAAGGUGUACAGUUUCUGUCCAGAGACGUGUGUGUGGCAAGGGGAGGGGUCGUUCGAGUGUGCCGGGUUCAACGCAGGCUCCGUGGGCGUGGCCAACCGAAUCUACAUCCUGGGAGGAGACUACUCACCUGAUGAGAUCACUGACGAAGUCCAAGUGUACCACAGUGGGCGGGGCCAGUGGGAGGAAGUGACACCAAUGCCACGGCCCCUGACAGAGUUUCACUGUCAGGUCAUCAGCUUCAACAGAUACAGAGACCCCUGGGGAGGAAGGGACAUGUAACACACACGCAAACACUACCUGGGGACUAAAAGCUGCACUCCGCAUCAAUAAAAUACAUUUUGUUUUGUCAUACCUCAAGUAUUUAUUAGUUUUAUUACAUUUUAUGUUAUAUAUUUAUUUA